AUGAGUAUUUUGGAAUAUGCUAAUAAAUUCAUGGAGUUGUCGAGGUUUGCACCUGAGUUAGUGACUAGUGAGCAGUCAAGGAUGAACCAUUUUGAACGAGGUGUUCAGCUCAAGUAUCAGGAUAGGUUGGCAUCUCAAAGGUUCACUUCAUACAAGGAUAUGGUUGAUAUUCUUGUUAAUGUGGAACGAGUAGUAUUGCUUCGAGAAUCCAAAAAUAGUAACUUCAAGAGAAAUGACAGUGGUCAAUCUCAUUAUAGGGGUCAAGGUUAUCAUGGAGGUAACCGAGUUCUAACUACUGGGCACCUAUGCGGGAGUCGUAAUCAUUAUGUCAAGGAUUAUCCAAAGCCAUCAGGAACAAAUAAUGGCAUUGGAGGAACAUCUUCAACCGGUACUAAUCGCAACGGAAACAACAACACCGUUGGAGCAUAUCGUAAUCCACCACAACAAGCACCGACAGGAAGAAUCUAUGUCAUGAGGCAAGAUGAAGCUGAGAAUGAUGACACUGUUAUUACCGAUACCUUCUCUAUCCAUUCUUUACCUGUCCAUCUUUUAUUUGAUUCUAGAGCUUCACAUUCCUUUAUUUCCGCAUUGUUUGCCAAAAGCCUGAAAUUGCAACCAUCAUGUGACUUUCCCUCUCUAAGUUUUGCCCUACCUACUGGAGAAAUUGUGAGAUGUGGAGUCAUGUAUAGAAUUUGUCCAAUUUUAUUGGGGAAAGUUGAGUUUCUAGUUGACCUUGUAGAAUUUGAGUUAUCUGAGUUUGAUGUGAUCUUGGGGAUGAAUUGGUUGACUAAAUAUGAGGCUGACAUCAAUUGUGUUAAGCAUAGUGUGACCCUUAAAGCACCUUAUGGGCGUAGACUUUCAUAA